AUGGCCUUGACAGCUCUGCGCGCCAGCUUGGCCGGCGUGGUCAGAAGGACGACGUGCGCCGUCGCGGCAUCGAGCUCUAGGGCUUUUGCUACGGAGGCCAAUCCCGAUGAUUACGGCCACUACCCGGACCCGAUCGAACACGCGACCGGCCGUGAAAAGAAGAUGUUGCUGGCUCGCCUGGCUGGAGAUGAUCGUUACGAACCGAAGGUCUACUAUCGAGGCGAGUACUCGACAAAGGAGGCGCCGAAUCUUGUCCCCUCACACUUUGAGGAUCGCAUGAUGGGAUGCAUGUGCGAACCGGACAGCGGCCACGUCAACUUCAUGGUCGUACGGAAGGGGGAGCCGAAACGGUGUACCUGCGGCCAUUGGUUCAAAGCCAUCGAUACUGAUCCGGAGUCCGUG